AUUUUGUAUUAUUGUUGAUUCCUCGCAUUCCUUUUCAUGGAUAAACUCGCUCGUCCAUGUGAUGAACACUCAAGAAAGAUGUCACGCAGAUCCUCUUAAUUAUUUAUGUUAACAUAUUUUAAUUAUGUUAUCGGAUUAUGUGUAUAAAAUUGAUGCUCCAACUCACUCUAAAAAAGAAAUUUGUAUCAAUUAUUGAGUUAAUUAUUGAGCAAUCGAGCAUAUUGUUUCCUUGGCCGUAGUACUUUGUCUUUUGAGAACCUAAAAUGGCGUGAAAUGGGUCAACGACAUACGACGGGGUCACCGUUACAAUUCCACGUUUGUUGUCUCAGAAAGUCAGGGACUCGUAGAUCGCAAGCACAACCUACAAUGUUCUUGAAAGAAGACUCUACUUAGUUGAUUAAACAUGCAAGAGAUCACAUGCGUGCAAGGCGUAAGUCCAAGACUCUCAUUACUCAGAUGUCUUUUUUGCUGUCCACAAUCUGAAGAAUAUAAAAGGGCAAUGUCAUUAAUGUUAUGGCAUAACACUAGCUUCAUCUUUCUCUUUGUUCACUUCACUCUUUCUUUCUUCUUCAAUUAUAUUGUCUUUGGUAGGCCUUCCUCGCAAGAACAAGGUAGUUUUGAUUGAAGGUUGCAGGAUCUGCUUCAAUGGACGUCAAAGAGAAAGUUACUCGAGGCAUGGAAAGUAGCAUGGCAGAGAAGAAAGGUAGUAAUGGGGAGGUGGUGAUAACAGUUUCAAGCGAAGAGACCAUAAAGGCCAACGUAGACACCAAAACCAUUAGAGAACCUUCUUCCAAGGAUCCUGAAGCUUUGGCUCCUAAUUCAAUUAUGUCAACCCACAAAGAGUCAGCUGCAAAUUCAAUUCAUGUCAGCUUCCCGUCAUCAGAGAGUGCAAGGUUUGACAAGCCUCCUCAAAUCCCCACUCCUGAAACCCUUACGCGGAGGAGGACUUUUAACAGGUCGCUGUACUCAAAACCCAAGUCAAGAUUUGGUGAACAACUAUAUCACAUUGAUUCUGCUAUACUUGAGGAAGAGAGUUUAAUUUUGCAAGAACAAUUUGGCAUGGGUUCAUCUCGUAGGAAUAUGUUGAGUAAAGGAUCGGUAAGUAUCAAGUCAGGCUGUAGUAUUAGGAGAACAAAUUCCAGGACGAACUCUAUCAACCAGAAAACAAUGUCAAUGGCAUCUGAGAGAGGAGAUGAAGAAGAAGAAGAAGAUGAAGAAGAAGAAGAAAGCGAGGAUGAUGAGGAGAUUUACAGGGAGAUUGAGUUGCAUAAAGGGAAGCGCAAGAAAGUGAGGGCUAAGCUCAUGCUGCAAUGGGUUGCUUUUCUGUGCAUCUUGGGGUGCUUGGUGGCUAGCUUGAAAGUUGACAAAUUGAAAAAGGCUCCUAUUUGGGGCUUGGAGAUUUGGAAAUGGUGUCUGCUUGUGCUGGUGACAUUUUCUGGCGUGCUGGUUACUAAUUGGUUUAUGAACAUUGUGGUGUUCUUUAUUGAGAGGAACUUUUUACUUAAGAAGAAGGUGCUCUACUUUGUUCACGGUUUGAAGAAGAAUGUUCAGAUCUUCAUAUGGUUGUUCUUAAUUCUACUUACUUGGGUCUUAUUGUUUGAUCAUGGAGUCAAGCGAUCCAAAACUGCCAACAAAGUUCUACGUUUUGUAAGCUGGACUCUGGUCUCUCUUAGCAUUAGUGCACUUUUGUGGCUGAUUAAAACUUUAUUCCUAAAGAUCUUGGCAUCUAAAUUUCAUGUCCAUACGUUCUUUGAUAGAAUCCAAGAAUCUGUAUUUCACCAGUAUGUUCUGCAGACACUUUCGGGCCCUCCAUUAAUCGAGGAGGCUGAAAUGGUGGGUCGAGCACCUAGCUUUGGCCAGGUGAGUUUCAGAAGUACUAAAAAGGUAAAAGGCGUUAAGGAAAAAAAGGUGAUUGACAUGGGAAAGGUUCAUCAGAUGAAGCGAGAGAAGGUUUCUGCUUGGACCAUGAAAGUGUUGAUAGAUGCAGUAUCCAGUUCAGGGCUGUCCACUAUCUCCCAAACGAUUGAUGAAAGUGUUCAUGGAGGAGGUGAACAUGCAGAUAAGGAGAUCACCAAUGAAAUGGAAGCUAUAGCGGCCGCUUAUAACAUUUUCAGAAAUGUUGCUCAGCCUGGAAGCAAGUACAUUGAGGAGGCAGACCUCUUAAGAUUCAUGAUUAAGGAGGAGGUUGAUCUUGUGUUCCCACUACUCGAAGGUUCUGAGAUGGGGCAAAUCGAUAGAAAAUCUCUCACGGAUUGGGUGGUUAUGGUAUACAAAAGCCGAAAGGCUCUCGGACAUGCCUUAUGUGACACUAAAACAGCAGUAAAGCAGUUGAACACUCUACUAUGCGUCGUUGUGGUUGUUGUGGCCAUUAUUGUGUGGCUUCUCUUGAUGGAAAUUGCAACAAGGAAAGUGCUCGGUGUCAUCAUAGCUCAGAUUGCAGUGUUAGCCUUUAUGUUUGGUAACACCUGCAAGACUGUAUUUGAAGGCAUUAUGUUUGUUUUUGUGAUGCAUCCAUUCGAUGUUGGCGAUCGUUGUGUUAUUGAUGGUGUUGCAUUGUUGGUUGAAGAAAUGAACCUCAUAAACACAGUUUUCUUGAAGCUUGAUAAUGAGAAGAUAUACUAUCCAAAUGCAGUUUUGGCCACAAAGCCUAUCAGCAACUAUUACAGAAGCCCGGAUAUGGGUGACACCGUGGAGUUCUCGAUCGAUUUUUCGACUCCAUUUGAGAAGAUUGGGUUGCUGAAAGAGAGAAUUAAGAAGCACUUUGAGCAAAAUCCCCACCAUUGGCAUCCUGAACAUGGUCUUGUAGUGAAGGAAAUUGAGAAUGUGAACAAGAUAAAGAUGGCUCUCUACCCUAACCAUACCAUGAACUUCCAGAACUUUGGAGAGAAGAACAAGAGGAGGACUGAACUGGUGCUUGAAAUAAAGAGAAUCUUUGAAGAACUGAACAUAAAGUACUAUCUCCUCCCACAACAAGUUCAUCUCAACCACAUUGGUUCCUGAUGGUUGAAGAGUUGGGUUUGCUUACUGCUAAGCAAGUGUGUUGAUUCUUCCCUUUUGUGUUUUUGGUAUUGGUCAUCGAAUAAUAUACUUAUUGGUCACUCAAGUUAGGAUGCCUGCCUGUCUGUCGGUCUGUCUGUCUGUCUGUCUGUCUCUAAUUCUCUCAACCUCAGUCAUUGUUAUGAUGAUGAUUUGGAAAUUUGGAAUGA